AUGCCCACGGAGCAUCAUGAAUGGACAGGAUCGUUUGAUGCAUGUGGCUUGUGUUUUGAUGCCACCGAUCCCCGUCGGCAAAACUACAAUUGCGUCGUGGAAGACGAGUUGGAUGUAGCAAGUGUGCGUGUACAGUACCUCGUGCAAGGCCUGUCAAAGACGCAUUUUUCAGACCCCACGUAUAGCACUGCGGGAGGAAGCGUGUGUAGUUGA